CCCUUUAACGUCACGCUUUCCACACGAACAUCAAAAAAGAAGCAGCAGCCUCAGUUUCCAUGAAACGGCUGAUGCUUGCAAAAAUCCAUCUGCGUUUGCUUGAUCCAAAGCUGUCUACAGUGCCCUUUACAUGUAAAAAGAGAAGUAUCCCUGCCUUCAACUGCAAGAGCAAGACCUCUGCUACUUUUACCAUUUGUAGCUUUUUUAUCAAGCACUUUGGUGCUUCAGAUGUGGUGGUCGGGAAAGUGGUGGUGGUUGCUGUUAAGGCGUCAAAAGAGAUACCCAGAAGAGCUUUAGUAUGGGCUUUGACUCAUGUGGUUCAGCCAGGGGAUUGCAUUAAUCUACUGGUGGUCAUCCCUGCUCACUCCUCAAGUAAAAGAGUUUGGGGUUUCUCAAGAUUCACCAGUGAUUGCACUAGUGGUAACCGGAAAUCAGCAUCAGGAACCGGGUUAGAUCAGAGAGAUGAUAUUUCAGAUUCAUGCUCUGAAAUGUUGCUUCAAAUCCAUGAUGUAUUUGACCCUGAGAAGGUAAAAAUCAGGAUAAAAGUUGUUGCUGGUUCAUCAUCUGGAGUGGUGGCUACUGAAGCCAAGAAGGCUCAAUCAAACUGGGUUAUUUUGGACAAACAUCUGACACAUGAGAAGCAAUACUGCAUGGAAGAGUUACAAUGUAAUGUUGUGGUGAUGAAAAGGUCUCAGCCAAAGGUUCUUCGUUUGAAUCUGAUCGGAUCCCCAGCAAUGCAAACUGAAAUGUGUUGGUCAUUGCCAUUUGUGAUGGAACCAGUUUUAAAGGACAUUGAGAGCAAGCAUCAUACGCUAGAUAUAUUAAGGGGCCCAUUUGUAACUCCUGCCAGUAGUCCAGAUCAUGAAUCUUCACUGACUGCAACAGAUGUUGGGACAUCAUCAAUAUCAAGCUCAGAUCCAGGGACUUCACCAUUUUUUCUAUCUGGGAUUUAUGGGGGGCAGAAGAAAGAGCAUUUAUUAUUCACUGAGGAAAAUGGAAGUCUUUAUGAGUCUGAAUCUGGUUCAGAUUGUGAUAAGAAGGUGACUUCCUGCAACAGAUUAUAUUUCCAGCCAUGGAUAGAUAAUAAUCUGAGUUCCAGUGGUGAACUUGCAAAAAGCUUGCUGGAUGGCUUCCGAAGAACAAAAAAUACAGCUCAAACAUUCACAUUUAAAAGCUUGCUGGAGAAUUUAUCCAAAUUAGGCCGAGAACAUGAUAUUGGAGUCCUGAAUUAUAGAACUGAUUUGAACUUAAGCAAAAAUAUCAGGGAAGCAAUUUCCUUGUCUACUCGUGUGCCUCCUGGUCCUCCACCACUGUGUUCAGCGUGUCGACACAAGGCUCCUGCAUUUGGAAAUCCUCCUAGGUGGUUUAGUUUUGCUGAACUUGAACUUGCUACAGAUGGAUUUUCACAAGAAAACUUCUUGGCUGAAGGUGGAUUUGGUUCUGUUCACCGAGGUGUCUUGCCAGAUGGCCUGGUGGUUGCUGUCAAACAACAUAAAUUGGCUAGUACACAAGGUGAUCUGGAAUUUUGUUCAGAAGUUGAGGUUCUCAGUUGUGCACAGCAUCGUAAUGUUGUGAUGUUGAUUGGAUUCUGCGUGGAGGAUGGAAGAAGAUUGCUGGUUUACGAAUAUAUUUGCAAUGGAUCUUUAGAUUCACAUCUUUUUGGACACUCUCAAGAUCCAUUGAACUGGUCUGCACGACAAAAAAUUGCUGUUGGAGCAGCUAGAGGACUGAGAUACCUUCAUGAAGAAUGUAGAGUGGGUUGCAUAGUCCAUCGUGAUAUGAGGCCUAACAAUAUCCUCAUAACCCAUGAUUUUGAACCAAUGGUUGGAGAUUUUGGACUUGCAAGGUGGCAGCCAAAUGGAGACAUGGGAGUUGAAACAAGGAUAAUUGGGACAUUUGGGUAUUUGGCUCCAGAAUAUGCUCAAAGUGGGCAGAUCACAGAAAAAGCUGACGUUUAUUCUUUUGGGGUGGUGUUGGUGGAGCUGGUUACAGGACGGAAAGCUAUUGAUAUCAAACGACCAAAAGGCCAACAGUGCCUAACUGAAUGGGUGCGUCCACUCCUGGAAAAGCAUGCCAUUCAGGAAAUUCUUGACCCACGCUUGAUGAAUUGCUACUCGGAACAACAAGUGCAUAACAUGAUGCAUUGCGCCUCAUUGUGCAUUCGCCGGGAUCCUUAUUCGAGGCCUCGGAUGUCUCAGGUGCUUCGGAUGUUGGAAGGUGACAUGGUCAUGAAUUCAAGCAACCAAUUUUGAACUUCUGUAAGUCAUUCUCAAAGCAUUAGAUGAAAACAGAUUGUGCAAAAAUGACAUCAGAAGCAGCGAAGAGACCUUACAGCAAUCCAGUCUGGAAAGGUGCAAGAGCAGCAUUAGAGUGGAAACUGGAAACAAAGAAGAGCCUUUUUUUUUUUUUUUGCUAGGAGCAUUGUUAAAUUACUGUUAUGUGGUAGUGAGUAAAUCUUUAGCUUUGCAAUCGUACAUUCUUGGAUGUAUAGUUGUAAGUUGUAAGAACAAAUGUGAAGGUUUGUUCACCCAUCAUGUCUCAUUUCUUUCUAAUCCAAGAUUGAAUUUGUUCA